UUCGCUUGACACCUCAGAAAAUUACUUGCAUUUUAUCGUGUUAUUUUUCAGUUUCUCCGUGAAGUGUGUAUAUUAUCGUGAUCUUCACAGCCGUAAAAUGUACAGCAAACUCAGUGAUACAGAUAAUACAUUGUGAAAAUCGAGAAAUUAAUUGUGUUCAUACAAGCUGAUAUCUCAGCUGUCAAACCACCGUGACAGCCGAAAAAUGUGAAGCAUUAUUUCAGGAAUUAUUUUACAAUGCUAUGUGAUAUAUCAGUCAGAUAUCAAAGUUUGCUGUACUUUUUACAAGUUUCAGGAAAAUAUUUGGUUCUUCAGGGAAAAGUAAAAAAUAAAGCGAUAAAACGCAAGGGAUUUUCGGUAUGACAUUUCUCGCUUCUAACGUCAUCAAACUAAUAUGGUCGCCCCAGAGAUAGCAGAGCCUUAAAGAGUAAACUUUCUAUUUUUUAUUAAUUUUUUAGAAAAACGUUUAGAAAACGUCGUUUACAUCGAUUUAUUCGUCUUUUGUAAGAUUUCAAAGCCAAAAUAAUAUUUUUCUUCCGUUUAAUAUCUUGAUGAAAAGAAAUCACGACGCAAUGUACGAGUACGCAAAUUAAAGAAAGUUUUUAAGCUGUCUGAAUCAUUUGUCUGUGAUUUUUUAUUUAAGCGGUAUAACUUCACAAACUUCAUGUAACAUUUUAACAUUCAAUGAAUUUGUAUUCAUAUUUGUAAAAUUAUUAAAAAAUUAUAUAUUUAACAAUAUAUUUAUAAAAUAGAGAUUUCAAGUUGUAAAAUGCUCCUUGAACCAUCUCGUUCAUUAUUAUUUUUACAGAAAUUAUAGCUCUUGAGAUUUUGCUUAUCUAUCGUUAUCAGGAGCAGUAAUCCUUAAACUUUCGUGUGUAAUGUACUUGUAGGAUUAUCACUUCUUUAAUGUAGAAUUUGAAAUACUACGUAAAUUGUGAAAUCUUGCACAUACUAUCGAUUAUUAAGCACGAUAAAAUUAAAAAAGAAGUUUAAUAGAAGUAGAAUUGUUAACAAUAUAUUAAAUAUCUGUCUCUGCUGGUUUUCAAUUUUCAUUAAGAAUAACAUAGUUUUAAUAUACAUUUAUAUAUAUAUAUAUAUAUAUACACACACACACACACACACACACACAUGUGUGUGUUCUUGUUAACACUAAUUAUAAAAUAACUAAAAUAUUAAAAAAAAUUGUUGCAGUCUUCACUAGUUCCAGAGAACAAAACUCGUAACCUCUAAAGCGUGAUUGAAUGUUAAUGCCGUAAGGAUGUAUUUAGAUCUACGAAACACAUUAGGAUAUUAAAUUAGGAUAUUAAAUCGACAUCGAUUAUACGGCAGUCGUAGAGAAACACAAACAGUCCCGCAAGACACCGUCGAUCUGGUUAAAAAUCUUGUCGUAGGUUCGCCGCGCGGAUCUCGCGAAAUAAUGCGCUGCGGAGGUUCGCUCUCUGUCCUUCCGAAGGUAACAAUAAACGACCAGUAACUAAGCAGUGAGACGUCGCGCGGCGCGCAACUCACCUCGUCCGUGCGACGAGUAAACACAAAGUUGAAGCGCCUUGCGCGCACACCUCGUGCACGCUCUCACUGGCGGUGGGCCGUGCGUCGUGAAAAUUUCCCCUCGUACGACGACGACGACGACGACGACGACGACGACGACGACGACGAGGAGAAAGAGGAGGAGGAGGAGGCGGAGGAGGAGGAGGAGGACGACGACGACGACGACGCAACGACAACGACGGGGAAGGGUGAAAGGGCAGGAGAGCGACGAGAGGCCGCAUCGGCCGCUCCGUAUCCGUGGGUGUCGCGGCGCGUCGCGUUCGUUUGUGUGUGGUAGAGCCGGGAGCUACUGCGAGACGGACGAGAACGCGAGCUAGAGCAACGACGGCUGCUCGCGGCGAGGAACAUCGUGUCCGUCACGUCCGUGGCGCGAUACGCGCACGUCAGAGACGCUUAAUGUGCGCGAGCCGGGCGUGUGUUUUCGAUACGCUCGUGGCAACGGGCGCAGCAAAUGCGGGCGGUAACCGUCGCGGCGACGCAGCCACCGCGAUCGCGAGCGCGGCAAGAAGAUGUCAAACGGCGGCUCGCCGUGGCCCGAGCGACUCGUGAACGGUGAGAAAAACAAUAUCGACGCCGCUGCCGCCGCCACCGGCGCUGUCAGUGGCAGCAUCGGCGGUGGAGGCGUAAGAGGAAGAGAAGGAGAAAGAGGCUGUGUGGGUGGCAGUGGUGGUGGUGGUGUCUCCUCCGGCGUUGGCUCUCGUAGCAGUGCUUUUAGCUGUGAUAGUGGUGCUUGUGACAACAGCGGUGCGACUAGUGGUGGUAAGAUCGGCGACGUUUCUCCUGUCGUCACAGUCACUGCUGCUGUUAUCGACGGCGGCGUCGUUGUCGGUGGCGCUACGGACUGCUUCGGCGACGUGACGUUGCCCAACGCCCGCGGCACGACGCCAGCGGUGAAUCGUCGUGAGACAAUAGUAGCGCGUAUCUGCGGCGGCGGUCGUGACAGCGACGACGCCGUCGUGACGACGAACCGUUGUGGCGAGUUCGGAGCGCUGAUCCCCCGGACAACAACGACGACGACGACGACGACGACGACGACGACGACGACGCCGGCUAGUGCCGGUAAAAGCGCGAGGACAGUCGACGGCAACAGCGCGGCUACGGUCACCACCGCCGCGAUCGUUGUUGUGAACAGCGCGUCAACGUUGUUCGGUGACGACGACGACGACGAAGACGACAACGACGCCGUCGACGAGGAAGAAGAGGAAGAGGAGGAGGAGGAGGAGGAGGAGGAAGAGGACGACGACGACGACGACGACGACGACGACGACAACGACGACGACGACGAAGACGUCGUAAACCAUCGCUAUCGGCACAAGCGCGGCAACAUGGUCGCGGCGAUGAACGAACACCUGUCUAACACGACGACGACGACAACCUCGUCGUCGCCGGCAUCAGCGAACGGCGCCCGCAGCACCUCCAGCAGCACCGUCGCGACGCUGUCGUUGUCCUCGGCCAUGAUUACCAGCAGCGCGCUCGUCAGCGGCAACAGCAAUUCCCCGGCGAUGUCGAGCACGACAAACGCGGGAAUCAGCACCGUCGGUGUUGUCGUCGGCGCCGGCGGCGGCCUCGGCGUCGCUACUAACAACUGCGGCAAUGCGCGCAAUCAAGAAUUCCAGGAGUUGGACGGCGAGGACGGCAAGAACGUCACCGCCACCACCACCACUACCACCGGACCCGCCGGUAUUCUCAGUUUCCCCUGCGACUUUGACCACAUGUACGCGAGCAUGACGGACGGCGGUACGCCGGCUGCCGCGACGGCCUCCGCCGCCGCCGUCGCCGCGGCUCUUGGGGUCAGUCCACUUCGCGGCAACGAACCUCGCCAGAACGACUUCACCGAGGUCAAGCAUCUGAAGGAGCUGUUACUGCUGCACCUGGACCUCAUCCAGCAGCAGUCCGAGCAGAUCGUCACUAAGGACAAGCUCCUCGCCGCGCUGCGCCAGGAAAACGAGACGUUGAAACUACGUCUGGAACGUAUGGAAAGGCGGGUGAACCUUCAAAAACUGAGGUCUGAAUGUAGCGAAAAUUCUGCUAAUAGCGAACAUCUUGGUACGUGUCCGUCGCCUGGUGUUGUCAACACGGUCAAUACUGCGUCAACCAGUGAACCGCAUCGAAAUCUGCAAUCCGAGAAUACUAACACUUUACAUGAGAGCUUUAAGAUACGCCUGAAUACCAGUGGUGGUAUCACCACUGUUAAGCAAGAACCUCUGGAUAAUCCAAUCAAGCACGAGGUGAAGCAAGAGGCUAACGAAACGAGGUUUGAGUGGGAGGAAAAGAAGAAGAGACGAUCAGAUCCGACCCCACUGUCUACAGGCAGUAAAAAGAAGAGGGGGUUAUCCUGCUCAUCUACUGUCAAUGCUGACGCGUCCUCCAAUAUACAGGAUAAGGUAUUAAGCCAGUCUUCGAACGAGCCCACUAGGAAAAGUGACAGAAAGACAAAAUCUCUUGCAAAGAAGGAGUCCUUCCUCACGACAGAGGAGCAUUAUUACACUGCUGUAGGAGAUCCGAGUUAUAUCCUAAGUCUCAAACAAUCCAGUCCAGUAGAAACAUGUAGUUCUCUAGAAGUUCCAAAUUGGAGGGUGAAAAUAUACACAAGUUGUUACACAAUGGAGGGCACUGAGAAUUUGGACGAUGAAAUUUUUAACAAGAGACAUUUGAAAUUAGAAAACGACGAGAGAAGGAGGAAACGAUGGGAUGUGCAGAGGAUAAGGGAGCAAAGGCAUAUAGAAAAGUUAAAGCAAAGGCAAGAACGUCAAAAUCAUCAAGCCACAUGCUACAAUACCAAUCAUACUGGUCCUUGUCCCUCGUCCCUAGAAGAGGAAACUAUAACGUCCUUGUGGCCUGAUGUAGAACAAAUUCAAAGUCUCCAAGUGGAUCCUCAAUUGCCAGUAACUGCAUUUGGCACCACUAUUCCUAGUUUUACUCCAAGUGAAUUUUCCUUACCUUGGUCGAAUACAACGCGGAUAAAGUGUCGACGUCCUAAACGUUCAACAAGUAGGAGAAAAUCUACAAGUAGAAGAAAAGUCUAGGAGAUAAAUUUUUAUAAAAAUGGACAGAACUGAUUUUAUCUGGACCGUCAGUUUUAAAUCUUGAGAAUAGUAUUGCUCCCUCAUCACACUUUUGAAUCAGUGUUCUUUUUUCGUUGCUACGCGAGAUAUAGGGGCACCAAAGAUAUUUUUAUUAACUUUUUAAACAUCUGCGAUGUAUACAGCAGGUAUAUAUAGUCUAUUUUUUUUCUACAUUUUUGUCGAUUAAGUAAAUUCAUCAUCAAUAUUUGUUUGAUACAUCUAUUCUACACUUUGUACUCGGUGUUGGUCAUUUUAUUUAUGUAACUACGAAUAUGUAUCACACAAUAUAACGAAAACAGUUUGCAGGUGCAUCAAACACUUGAGCAAGAUCAGGAAACUUUUGUUCGAUUUUGAUCAGUUGAUAUUGCUAAUAUUCGCAAAAUUCUUUUUUUUUACAAUUUUACGAAGCAGUUUAUAUCAAGUUUGUAAAAUAGUAUGAUUUUUGCUAUUGUAAAAGUCGUUGAUGGAACUACCAUGUACACCGAAGGCAUACACUUUUGGUAAAAAAAAAAGCUAAUAUCUUAUAAAAUGUUAUAUAAAACGCGAAAAAAAUAUAAUCAAUUUUUAAAUCUUGUGUAGCCCCUUUUUUGGUGUUUUAUAAAUUCUGUAUAAUAGCUUUAGUGACGGAAGACGUCACUGCUCUUGAAAAGUUGCGCAUCAUUGCGAACGAUUCGCGUUUGGUUAACUCCAAAACUUACAGUACAAAUAUAUUUAUUGUACAGAGUGUCUCAGAAAAUGCGCGCUUCCUCUCAGUGACAGAUUCUCUGACGAAUUAAGGUUGACGUCUCCUGGAAAUUUUGAAAAAGAAGGCCUAAUUGUAAAGUAAUUCUAUACUUCUUAAUAUUAAACUAUUAAUUUCGAGUAAAUUUUAUUUUAAGAGAUGGAUUUCAGAACAAAUCGCCGAUAUAUAUUAACUAGUGCAGUUGAAAACAAAAAUAGGUGACAAAGUUUACGUCGAGAAAAUCUGUAACUAAAAGAAAUUGGGCGCCUUUUGAUACAACCUGUAUGUCGUAUAUCUAUUAUAUUACGAGUAAGAAUCUGUAAACCGCGUUUUACAGCUGCAAGCGAAUUCGGUACAGCGUCCGUUACUUCUGAGGAUUGCCAAGCAAUACGCUGUAUCGAGAUUCGAGUGUAAUUCUCCGGUCACAGAAGCGGACAGGGAGGAACUUCGGACAUUGUAAACCAGUGCUCGGUAUUAGAUGCAUAUUUUGGCCAGAUUUCUAAACUGACGCCUGCUAUCCCGUCUUACCGUUCCCGUUUUGUUAGCUCAGCUGCAAAUCGCGCGUGAGACAUCUUGUCUUAGGAGCGUCCUCAUAUAAGAAAUGUGGCUGGGAUCGUACUUUCCGCUAAACUGUCAUUAAAAUAAUAUUUUCCUUGCUCACAUAAACACAUACUAUUUUUUAUUUUCAUAAAUAAUUAAAUAUUACGUUUUCUGUUUAUGAUGUAUUACACACACACACACACACAUGUGUGUGUGUGUGUACAUCAUAUAUACAUAUGUGUGUAUAUUACAAUAUUUUUAUAUCUCUAAAUUUUAGAGAUAUGACCAUAAAUUAAUAACGAAAAUAAGAAUUUGUGUGUGUGUGUAUGAGCAAGAGAAAUAUUUUAAUGGCGGUUUAGCGGAAGAUACGAUAGUGCUGAGAAAUCGAACCAGUACGUCUGGACUCAAUUUCCUAGCACUAAAGUACUAGCAUAUUUCUUAGAUGAGGAUACUUCUCGGGGGAUGUCUUAUGCGCGAUCGGCAGUUGGGCCGAUAAAGUGGGAAUGAUAAGGGAGGCAUAGUAGGUUUUAGAAAUCUACUCGAAAUAUCAUCUAAUUCCGAGUACUGUUGUAAACGAUUGCAGAGUCACCGAUAACGCGACUAGUGGCUCGAGUUUUAACGAUCCGAAGUACGAAGUUCCUUAAAAUAACACGCGUUUUCUAGCACAAUCAGUUCGAUUAAGCAUAAAGUUAAGUCCACUGUCUUCGUGCUUCGAAUUCUUAUAUUAUUGGUAAAUAAAAUUUCUACGUAUAUUAGUUU